AUGCUACAAAUACACUUCAUAUACAUCUCCAGUGUCCCGGAGCUUCAGUUCCAAAAUCCGGAGUGCCAGUCAGACUGGUGCUUCAGGGAGCAGUGCAGCAGGACAGGCCAGGACACAGGCAGCCUCGCUGGCUCAAACGCAGGCAGAACCUCCAGCGUCCUGCAGCACACAGGACGAUCGAAGAAAGAGCAUUUGAAAUCGCAGAAGGAGCAGGCAACCGUCUACGUCCGUGGUGAAAAGCUCCGCAGCACACAGAAAGUGUGCUACACUGAGCAAGAGGAGCCCAGAGAUGAAGAUUAUUUCUAUUGUGACGAGUGCCAGUCCUUCUUCACUGAUGAAUGCCCGGUCCACGGCCCCCCUUCGUUCAUCUUCGACUCUCCAGCGCCCGCUGUGGCCCCCGACAGGGCCCGGCUUACCCUGCCCCCCGGUCUGGAGGUCAGAGUCUCCAGCAUCCCUGGAGCAGGCCUGGGGGUGUUCGCCAAGGGACAGACAGUGCCCAGUGGAGUACACUAUGGACCCUACGAGGGAGAGCUGACUGAGGAAGACAUGGAGAGCGGCUACUCCUGGAUGAUCUCCAGGAGCAAGCGCUGUGUCAUUGAUGCCAAGAGUGAAACCCACUCCAACUGGAUGAGAUAUGUUAACUGUGCUCGAAACGAGGAGGAGCAGAAUCUUGUGGCUUUCCAGUACAGAGGGGUUAUUCUGUAUCGCUGCUUUAACCCCAUUCACCCAGGGCAGGAGCUGCUGGUGUGGUAUGGGGACGACUAUGCCAAAGACCUGGGUAUCACCUUCGACGACCGGUGGAGCAACAAGUGCUCUUCUAAAGGGGGCGAGGACAUUCCUUCUCAGUUCUUCCCCUGUACUCAGUGUUCGCUCUCCUACACAGCAGAGAUCUACCUGCACAAACACAUCAAGCACUCUCACCGUAAGGAAUAUGUGAGACUGCUCAGAGCAGGAUCAGUCACAUCAGAGAGUCUCCAGCCUUCCACCAGCUCCCACAGACACUGUGCACCGUCUCAGACUGUUGCAGAUACAGUCAGACUCCUCAGCCCAAAACACCAGCAAACUCACACAGGGGAGAGGCCGUACCACUGUGCCCAGUGUGGGAAGAGUUUCAGCCGAGGGGCACACCUCAAACAACACCAGCGAACUCACACAGGGGAGAGGCCGUACCACUGCGCCCAGUGUGGGAAGAGUUUCAGCCAAGGGGGAGACCUUAAACGACACCAGCGAACUCACACAGGGGAGAGGCCGUACCACUGCGCCCAGUGUGGGAAGAGUUUCAGCAAAGGGGGAGACCUUAAACGACACCAGCGAACUCACACAGGGGAGAGGCCGUACCACUGUGCCCAGUGUGGGAAGAGUUUCAGCCGAGGGGCACACCUCAAACAACACCUGCGAACUCACACAAGGGAGAGGCCGUACCACUGCGCCCAGUGUGGGAAGAGUUUCAGUCACGUGGAAACCCUUAAACAACACCAGCGAACUCACACAGGGGAGAGGCCGUACCACUGCGCCCAGUGUGGGAAGAGUUUCAGUCACGUGGAAACCCUUAAACAACACCAGCGAACUCACACAGGGGAGAGGCCGUACCACUGCGCCCAGUGUGGGAAGAGUUUCAGCAAAGGGGGAGACCUUAAACGACACCAGCGAACUCACACAGGGGAGAGGCCGUACCACUGUGCCCAGUGUGGGAAGAGUUUCAGCCGAGGGGCACACCUCAAACGACACCAGCGAACUCACACAGGGGAGAGGCCGUACCACUGCGCCCAGUGUGGGAAGAGUUUCAGUCACGUGGAAACCCUUAAACAACACCAGCGAACUCACACAGGGGAGAGGCCGUACCACUGUGCCCAGUGUGGGAAGAGUUUCAGCCUAGGGGCACACCUCAAACGACACCAGCGAACUCACACAGGGGAGAGGCCGUACCACUGCGCCCAGUGUGGGAAGAGAUUCAGUGUGGAGGGAAACCUUAAACAACAGCAGCGAACUCACACAGGGGAGAGGCCGUACCUUUGCACCCAGUGUGGGAAGAGAUUCAGUGCGCAGAGAAACCUUAAACGACACCAGCGAACUCACACAGGGGAGAGGCCGUACCACUGCGCCCAGUGUGGGAAGAGUUUCAGUGAGAAGGGAACCCUCAAACGACACCAGCGAACUCACACAGGGGAGAGGCCGUACCACUGCGCCCAGUGUGGGAAGAAUUUCAGUGAGAAGGGAACCCUCAAACGACACCAGCGAACUCACACAGGGGAGAGGCCGUACCACUGCGCCCAGUGUGGGACAAGUUUCAGUCACAGGUCAGACUUUAAACGACACCAACUAACUCACACAGGGGAGAGGCCGUACCAUUGCGCCCAGUGUGGGAAGAGAUUCAGUGUGGAGGGAAACCUUAAACGACAGCAGCGAACUCACACAGGGGAGAGGCCGUACCACUGCGCACAGUGUGGGAAGAGUUUCAGUGAGAAGGGAACCCUCAAACGACACCAGCGAACUCACACAGGGGAGAGGCCGUACCACUGCGCCCAGUGUGGGAAGAGUUUCAGCCGAGGGGCACACCUCAAACGACACCAGCGAACUCACACAGGGGAGAGGCCGUACCACUGCGCCCAGUGUGGGAAGAGUUUCAGUCAGGUGGAAACCCUUAAACAACACCAGCAAACUCACACAGGGGAGAGGCCGUACCACUGCGCCCAGUGUGGGAAGAGUUUCAGCCAAGGGGGAGCCCUUAAACGACACCAGCAAACUCACCCAGGGGAGAGGCCGUACCACUGUGCCCAGUGUGGGACGCGUUUCAGUCACAGGUCAGACUUUAAACUACACCAGCGAACUCACACAGGGGAGAGGCCGUACCACUGCGCCCAGUGUGGGACGCAUUUCAGUCACAGGUCAGACUUUAAACUACACCAGCGAACUCACACUGGGGAGAGGCCGUACCACUGCACCCAGUGUGGGAAGAGUUUCCGUGAGAAGGGAACCCUCAAACGACACCAGCGAACUCACAUGCUCAAGGGCAUAUGGUAA